CAACGAUCUGGAUCUGCAUAAUUAGAUCUGGACCACCCUGUAUAUGACCAAGGCUGCACCAUAGUGUCUGAAGCUCCAACUGCCCAGUGAGCAUGUCAUAGCUGUGACAAUGCUGAACAUUGCAAUGAAUGUAAGGUUCAGAGUCAGUGCGAUAAGAAAAGCAUUUCCAUAAUAAUUGCACCUUUUUCAGCUCCUUCAUUCUUUAAGAUUAAUUUCUUGAUGGCUGCCAAGAUAAAGCAUGUCUUUUAAUAUUGAUAUUGAGCAUACAGUUGAAUACCCUGAACCCCAACAGUAUCUUGUGUCUUUUCAUCUACAGGGUGGUGUAUAUAUCUUCCAUCUUGUCGAGCACUAUGCAUGCAGUGGGACAUGCCUCCUGUUCAUUGCAAUUGUUGAAUCUAUUUGCAUUGGCUGGGUGUAUGGUGCUGACCAUCUUUAUGACAACAUUGAAGACAUGAUUGGAUAUCGGCCCUGGCCCAUUAUUAAAUACUGUUGGACUUUCUUGACACCAGUUAUUUGCAUUGGCACUUUCAUUUUUUCCCUGGUGGAUUACACUCCUUUGAAAUAUAACAACACAUAUGUGUAUCCAUCUUGGUGCAAUGUCCUGGGAUGGCUCUUAUCUUUGUCCUCCAUCAUGCUGGUGCCUCUUUCUAUGGUAUUCAGAUUGAUUGUAGGAAAAGGAAAUCUGAAUGAGCGCUGCAGCCAGCUUAGCAAGUCCAGGCAAAAGUAUGAGGCUGGAGAAACACAGUAUUCUCUGAACCAGAACUUCAACGGCAGCAUGGAGGGAACAGACUGACCUGUAAACCACAAAAAAGUAUUCAAUAAAAAUCCUCUUUUUAAAAUGUAA